UUUGAAAACAUGGACCCCAACAAAGUGGAUGAAGAAUCUGGCGAUAUGAGUGGUGAUGGAGAAAUGGCAUCUGUCAUGGGAUUCUCUGGGUUUGGUAAGAAGGCCCGCACAUUUGACCUGGAUGCCAUUUUUGAACAGACACGCCGCACAGCCAUCGAGAGGACUCAGCGUGUAUUGGAGGAGCGGCAGAAGGUUGAACAGAUGGAGGAGGAAGGGGAAAGCUCCAAAUCAGUAAAGCCAUUAGUCAAAACCCAGAGAGACAAACCUGCAGCGGCUGCUUCCAGGAGAAAACAGGAGAGUGACAGCAGCAGUGACAGUGGGUCUGACUCGGACUCAGACUCGGAGCUUAUCGGUCCCCCGCUGCCUCCCCAAUACACAUCCGAGAAAGAUGGUGAUGAACGUUCCCGAGUUCCUCAUCCAUCAGGCAGCGUGGCUCAGAGUGAAGAUGAUGAUGAUGAUGAUGAUGAAGAGGACGCACAAGAUGACGAUGAUAAUCCAGUGAAGAAGAUUCCAGACACUCAUGAGAUCACUCUGCAGCACGGCACCAGGACGGUAUCGGCUCUUGCCUUAGACCCCUCUGGAGCCCGUCUGGUGACCGGUGGCUACGACUACGAUGUGCGUUUCUGGGAUUUCGCUGGGAUGGACCAGUCUCUGCAGGCCUUCAGAUCCCUCCAGCCGUGCGAGUGCCAUCAGAUCAAGUCCCUGCAGUACAGCAACACGGGUGAUGUCAUCCUGGUGGUCUCUGGCAACGCACAGGCCAAGGUGUUGGACCGUGAUGGCUUCAAUGUCAUGGAGUGUGUGAAGGGAGACCAGUACAUUGUGGACAUGGCCAAAACCAAGGGCCACACAGCCAUGUUGAAUAGUGGCUGUUGGCAUCCAAAGAUUAAAGAAGAGUUCAUGACCUGCUCCAAUGAUGGCACUGUGCGCACAUGGGAUGUGAGCUCGGAGAAGAAGCACAAGUCUGUGUUCAAGCCGCGUUCCUUCCAGGGGAAGAAGGUCAUCCCGACGAGCUGCACCUACAGCCGUGACGGGAAGCUCAUCGCAGCCGGCUGCCAGGACGGCACCAUCCAGAUCUGGGACAGAAACCUCAGCGUCCAUACAAAGUUUCACUGUCGACAAGCACACAUUCCAGGAUCCGACACCUCCUGCAUCGCCUUUUCCUACGACGGCGUGACCCUCGCUUCACGUGGAGGCGAUGACACUCUGAAGUUGUGGGAUAUACGGAACUUCAAGAAGCCUGUGAAUGUAGCCACGGGUCUGACCAACUACUUUACAAUGACCGACUGCUGUUUCAGCCCCGAUGAUAAGCUUCUUGUAACGGGGACCUCGGUGAAGAAAGACGAGGGAAAUGGGAAGUUGGUUUUCUUUGACCGGGCUUCCUUUCAGAAGGUCUAUGAAAUAGAAGUCACCAAAACAAGCGUCGUCCGCUGCCUGUGGCACCCCAAACUCAACCAGAUAAUGGUAGGAACUUCCAGUGGGCUGGCCAAGGUCUACUAUGACCCUGUGAAAAGCCACAGGGGGGCUAAGCUGUGUGUCGUGAAGAGCCAGCACAAAGAGAGACAAGCAGAGACCCUCACACAGGAUUACAUCAUCACACCUCAUGCCUUACCCAUGUUCAGAGAGGCCCGGCAGCGGAGUACACGGAAACAGCUGGAGAAGGACCGACUGGACCCAAAGAAAUCCCACAAACCUGAGCCUCCUGUGUCCGGACCAGGUCGUGGAGGAAGAGUAGCAGCUCAUGGAGGAACCCUUUCUUCGUUCAUUGUGAAGAACAUUGCUUUGGAUAAAACAGACGAUAGUAACCCGCGACAGGCGAUCCUCCGUCACGCCAAGGAAGCUUCGGAUAACCCUUACUGGGUUGCCCCGGCAUACACACACACACAGCCAGAGCCCCUGUUUGCAGAGGAAUCAGAGGAGGAUGAGGAAGCCGAGAAGGAACCUGCUUGGAAGAAACGCAAGAUCUGAGGAGCCAUAACAGCAGCUCAUUUUAUAUUAGAUAGCAGACAGGGUGGGCCUGUGUUUGUAAAUUUAUCACAGUAACCAUGAGGUCUCAGGAUCCCUCCCAAAGCUACGAGUUACUCUCAGAAAAUAUGCAUUGGAGCAUCACUUAAGUUACUAAAUUGCACAGUCCCUGACUUCCCAUCGUAAAGUUUGCAUAUAUGUAUUCAUGUGCGUUCUUCUGUGUUAAGAGGUAGCGCAUAAAAAUGCAGGCAUUUGCAAGUAUAACUUAGUUUUUUUUUAUGUUCCCCUCAUUGCAUUUCAACCUUUGGUAGAACUUGGCUUUUAAUGUCUUUUUUUAUUUUAUUGACUUUAUUUUAAUCAUUUCUAUUGUCCUUUAUUUCCACAUCCCCGGAGUUUUCUAAUGCCUCAUGAAUCAUCUCCAGAUUUUGUGGUCUGGUUGUGUUCAUCAAAACUAUGAAGCGCAGUUUACUAGUUUGUAACAAAAUGAAUUGCUUGGAAAUACACAAUCUUGCAGCCAA